AUGCCGGUUAUCCUAAGGAAAUGUCCACAUUUAGACACUCUAGUCUUUCAGGGUCUCACAGAGUAUUGGAAAGACAAAUGCCGGGAUGCAUGUGACUGCGUUUCUCAGGAGGACAAAAGUCGUUUGCUCAUGAAAAAGAUACAGAUCAAAGGGUUUAGAGGAACAACGGUAGAGAUGGGAGUGUUAGCGCAUUUUUUGAAGUAUUUCCCGUGUUUGAAGGAGAUUGAGAUAUAUGCCGAAGAGAAUUGUACUAGUGAUAUUUUUGAACACAUUGUGAAGUUAGUGAAUCUCUACAACGAGAGUUAUCGACUUGUGGUUCACUUCCUGGUGUUGGAUUCAUCCUAUGGGAAGUAA